AUGAAGACGCCAGAAGAUUUACUAAAAAUAUAUCGUGCCAACUGUGCAAAGGCAUUCUUUACUGCAUGUGCAAGUGACUGUGCACAGAGACAAUACUCAAUGGAGGAGGCUGCGCACGUAACAUACUUUAAGCUGCAGGAGGAGUACAAGAAGGAAGAACAACUGCAACUCCUUCUGCUAUACACACGGAUAAUUGGCCCAGUAACCCACAUAGAGAAGAAAAGUAUAAUAGAAAGUCUGCAGAAGAACCUGCCAGAGAUAUCAUCAAUUACAGAGCACAGACAUUUACUUAGUACAUACAUCAUUGUAGAGUCAUGUCCCUGGAUAUCAUCUGUAAUAGACACCUUCCCGCAGGACAUUCUUCUCCUGAGCACCAGUCAGAUACACCGGCUGGCUCUGGAGGAGAGACCAAGCUACUUUCCAUGCGAGCUGUUUCUAUCUGUGCAUGCAACACACACGGUGUGCAUCAUAAACAUAGAAGAGACAGAAGAGGCCCUUCUAAAACACUUCCACAUGCAUGAGGUUGAGAAAGUUGUAGCACAUAAAAGUCGUGCAUACAUUAAGACAGCACAUAUAGAAGGAGCGCAGUGCAUAUAUCAUGCGCUAAGUGGAAAGCUAAUUAACAAAAAGCCAGUGUUCACUUAUUAUUACCCAGAUUCACUAUCAAAUAUAAACUUAUUCCUGUAA